AUGUUAUCAAAUGGACAAGUCUUAGUUGCCGGCGGAUAUGGAACUGGUGCUGUUUUGUAUUUAAAUACUGCUGAGUUGUAUAAUCCAUCAACAGGAGUGUGGACAAUUACUGGAAAUAUGAGUUAUACUCGAUAUUAUCAUACAGCAUCCGUGCUUUCAAAUGGACAAGUCUUAGUUGCUGGCGGAUAUGGAAGUGGUGGUGGUUUGUAUUUGAAUAGUGCUGAGUUGUAUAAUCCAUCAACAGGAGUGUGGAUAAUCACUGGAAAUAUGAGUUAUACUCGAUAUCUUCACACAGCAUCCGUGUUAUCAAAUGG